UUUGAUGUUUUAUCGCGUGUUUGUGGCAGUGGGGUUAAUUUGCCGAUUUUAUUACGUGAGCCGGUAAAGACUAGCAACACACGGUGAUGAUAAUUUUCUAAUCUUUGCAAUAGUUGUGUGCAAAUAAUUUGUACAAUUGAACGUUUUGGUGUCGUCGGCACAUGGCCCUGGUGCAGACCCUGGCGUCGGCCAGUGUGAUGACGAACGGCGGCCCCUCGAGCCGCGUCGAGCUGCCGCCGGCGGCGCCCCGCUCUGCAGCCGCGGAGCCGGCCGGCACGCCGGCGCCUGCCGAGCCCGAGCACGAGGAGGAGGAGGAGCCCGAGCCAGAGGUCGACAUCGUCAUCAACAACGUGGUCUGCAGCUUCAGUGUGCGCUGCCACCUGGACCUGCGCUACAUCGCCAUGAACGGCGACAACGUGGAGUACCGGCGCGAGAACGGGAUGGUGACGAUGAAGCUGCGUAAGCCGUACGCCACGGCCUCGAUGUGGUCCUCGGGCAAGAUCACGUGCACGGGUUCCACGUCCGAGCCCGAGGCCAAGGUGGCCGCCCGCCGCGUGGCGCGCUACCUCCAGAAGCACCUCAACUACCAGACGCGCUUCAGCAACUUCCGCGUGGUCAACGUCCUGGGCACUUGCACUAUGCCCUUCUCCAUCAAGAUCGCCGACUUUUCGCAGAAGUACCCGCGCACCGCCUGUUACGAGCCCGAGCUGCACCCGGGCGUCACCUUCCGCAUCAGCGAGCUGAGGGCCACGCUCAAGGUGUUCUCCACGGGCAGCGUGACGGUGACAGCGCCGUCGGUGGCUGCCGUGCAGCAGGCCAUCGAGCACGUCUUCCCGCUGGUGCACGAGUUCCGCAAGAAGCGGACGGCGGCCGAGCUGGCGGCGGCGGCGGCGGCGCGCGCCCGCCGCCACCCCUCGCAGCUGGCCUCCGACAGCGAGGUGGACCUGGUCGACUCGAGCGACGAGGACGAGGAUGACUGAGGCCCUCCAAAGACGCCGGCGCCGCCGCGUGCGUCCGCCUCUAGUCAACGGCGGCCGACCGGCCGGCCCGGCCGCCGCCGCCGCCCCGCCGUUGCCCCGCCGCCGCCGUCUCCUCGUGAUGCACCAAGUGACCUGCGGCGUGCCGGACCGUUUUACACUUUGUCAUAGCGCCAGGCGCCGGCGGCGUACGUCCGCUCAACACGGCCGCCGGCCCGCGGGCGCCACGGCCGGGCUCUCAGGCCGGCGGUGCUCUCGCCACCCAUACCGAGGCGUCGCCGGCGCGCGCGGCCGCCAGCCUGGUGACGCUCGUGUGCUGCUCACAUUCGCGCGGCCGCGGCCGGGGCGA